CUACGGCGUCAUUCCGGUCUAAUCUUCUUGUUCUGUACUCCUCAGGCGUCUUUCUAUCUCGCUCUUGUUUGGAAAUUUCUCUGGGGAACCGUAUGGGUGACCCCUAGCCGGAAUCCUCGCAUCCAAUGUCUUCGUCCGACCCAGCUGCAUCUACUACGGCCUCCGACAAUGCGCCUCCCCGUGCGGAACUGGAUAUCACCAAGCUCCAUGCCCUCCCUUCGGAACAACAGGACCUCUAUCUGCUGACGUUCACGUCGGAGCUUGUCCAGCACAUCUCCGCCUUGGACAGGACGCAGGUCUCGGCCCAGCAGAAGUUCCUCAAGAAGGAGCUAUUCAAGAUCUUGACGCUCUCCUCGCCCACGAUCACGCGCGUUAUUCGCAACAAUCUCGGCCGAUGUUUCGGAGCCAUAUUCAGCAAAGGCGAUCGCGGGAUACUGUUUGAAACGGUGACGGAGCUGCUGGCGGCCUUGAAUGCCGGGAAAAGUGAGGCGGAAUUGAAGACCAAGUUCGCCGCCGUCCACUGUUUGGGGGAGGUCUUCGCCGUCGCGGGUGAAAGUGUCUUCGCGCAGUCUGGAAUUGUCAUUUCCAGCUUGCUCAAGUUGUUGAAACAUUCCAGCAAUCAUACGGGUCUUCGGGGUACGGUCUUUGCGGUCCUGCGCAAGGUGGUGAUCGGAGCCGGCGUCCCGGUGGAUGAGGGAACUGCACGAGAUAUUUGGAAGCAGGCUCGGAAUGCCGCGACUGGAGACAAGUCCACUUUUGUUCAGGUGCACGCUUGUCGGUGCCUUGAGCAACUUGUCAACACGACGCCGUUCUUCGAUAACGCGAAUGAUUUUGAGAACCUGAAAGCGGUGGUUUGGAAGGUCUUUGAUAGUCCUGUGGCCCCGGUCAGACAUGCUGCUGCUGCUUGUCUUGCUCGAGCGUUAGCUAAGCUACACGCUACCGACUCGCGAAUUUUGGCGGCGCCGAAACCAAAGAAAUCUAAGCGGAUGUCCAAGAAGCCUACGCCGAAGCCCGGCGAGGACGAGGACGAGGCUGAGGUUUCUGAAGCCUCAGCUCCGAAGAAGUCCGAGGCCCGCUUGUUCUUCUUACUACCUGACCUCCUUCGCCAGCUGUCAGGCCAGUACCUGCGGAGUACAACGUCCAAUCGUUCGCGGGCGGCUAUUGCGGUGUGCUACAAACAUGUCUUGCGCAUUCUCGGCGAGAAGCUUAUCGAAGAGCGUUAUGGCGAGAUCGCAAGCCAUUUUUGUUUCGAGCUUCUCAAUCACCCCACAGUCACUUACAAUAGGUUCCGACUGCUCAUGACGAGGAAGUUUGUCAAGAGUAUCUUGGAAGACACGGUUGGCCGCGAAUCGCUGCGCGAAAACAGUCAAUUGAAUGCUGCCAGGUGGUUGAUCAAUGAGAUCAUCAAGGACUAUCCUCAAGUCAUUCAGGAGCGUCGUGAACCCACCAAGUACACCUUGACAAGCGCUCUCAGCGCUUUAUCCUCUUUGAUUACUUCUCUCGGCUCUGCCUUUGGAAACUUGGCCGAGCCAUGCCGUGAAGCAUUGCUUCAGGUUCUCCCGCACCCUAGUUAUACCGUUCAGAUCCAUGCCGCGCAUUGCCUGCGCAGCUUCGUUCUUGCCUGCCCACACCAACUUUUGUCCUGCGUUACGAUCUGCCUGAACAGCCUGAACAGGGAGGUUGGCCAGCUCUCCACCCCUCGCCAGGCCCCUCGCCGCUGUGUUGGCUAUGCGAAUGGACUAUCGGCAAUGCUCAGCACGUCUCGCCUGCAACCUCUGUAUGGAUCCGUGGACGUGUUCUCCCGUGUGUUUACUCAGGCCACCGACCUCCUAAAAACGAGCAGCAAUUCCGAACUACGCGCCGCAAGUACGCAGAUUCAGGUGGCAUGGAUCUUGAUCGGAGGACUGAUGCCGCUUGGUCCGAGUUUUGUGAAAAUUCACUUGUCACAGUUGAUGCUGCUCUGGAAGAACGCCCUCCCCAAACAUCUCGGCAAGGAGAACUUUGCUCAGCGUGGGAACCUGGAAAUGAGCUUCCUUGCACACGUUAGAGAAUGUGCCUUGGGGUCACUGCUAGUGUUUAUGGAGUUCAAUAGCAAAUUGAUAACGGCGGACGGCGCGCGGAGAAUAGCUGCGAUGCUACAAAACACCGUCACCUUUCUCGAUGACAUGCCUCGUCAGAAGUCUGUAAAUGACAUCUCUCAACGUUUGCACCCAUCAUUACAGCUUCAUGACAUUGCGACAAUGGUUCGACGGCGCGUGCUUGAGUGUUUUUCCAAGCUUCUCCAUGUCCAUCCGAUUAGCCAUGCGGACGUCAUUUCUCAAACCAGUCUUUUGAGCCUUGCAAUUUCUUCGUUUGCGGACCCGGACGCUACUCAAACCGGCCAUCUGGAGAACUCUAUUGCGGCAUCCACCGCACAGUUCGACUCUUUGUGGGAUCUGUGCGACAAUUUUGGCUUCGGUGUGUCCGGUUUGGCUAGGGAAUAUGUCCGUGUGAGCCUCACUGGCAAAGAUGAGAAUGACAAUGGCCCUGCUUGGUCUGCCGUUGACUCUGCAGACCAAGCAAUCGACGAUGCUCUGACCUUCCCCAUUUGCCAAGCGAGUGAACACGACUCUAUCUUGCUAUAUUCGCCCAGUGAAAAUGGAAGCGACUUUGCUGACCCACAUUCUACUGGUGUUGUCAACGCAGCUGUCGAGCUUUUCGCCGUGGCUAUACCCCUUCAUGCCCCUAGAGUGCAGGAAAGCAGCAUAGAGCAAAUUGCCACUUUCCUCUCAUCCCCAAGUCUGCAGCGCAACCCUGGUCGCAAAGCCGCUAUGGUGGUAAACAUCGCCGUGGCGUUGCUUCAUGCUCUAAAGGCUGCUGCUAGAGAUACUGGAACCACCGCUGGAAAGCUCAACCCUGCGACUGACAAAGUAUUGCAAGAGUUGUUACAAAAAUUCGUCACUGACCCCGACUCAAUUGUUCGAACAAUCGGUGUCGAGGCCUUCGGAAGACUCUGCGAUAGCUCCGGAAAUACAUUCACGAGUACUCAGAUUAACUGGCUUGUCGACACAAUCGUUGAAAACCGGGAGCCCAACACCCGUGCCGGCUGCGCCGCUGCGUUGGGUUGCAUUCAUUCCCAGGUUGGUGGUAUGGCAGCCGGGUUGCAUCUGAAAACUAUCGUCGGCGUCUUGAUGUCGCUCUGCAAUGAUCCGCACCCAGUGGUCCACUUCUGGGCUCUCGGAGGCUUGGAGAGGGUUGCUAAUUCCGCUGGAUUGACAUUCUCACCCUUCGUCUCGAGCUCACUCGGCAUGCUUGCCCAGCUCUACAAUGCAGACACCCACAACGAGGAGUCGGCAACAUUGGCAACCUCUAAUAUUGAGAUGUCAUUCCUCACGCCUGUUCUGAUCAGCCGUUGUGUUGAUUCCAUGAUCAAUGUUUUGGGACCUGAUCUCCAGGACAUUGCGAAGACACGCAAUCUCAUUCUUACUCUACUUCGCCAAUUCCAACUGGAGGAAAAUCCGGCUCUGGUGACUGAGAGCUCUAAAUGUCUAGACCACCUGUCAUUAUAUGCGCCGGGAUAUGUAGACUUUUCCGGCUACGUCCACCGGCUGCAGAGCGAACUGUCCUCUAAUAACCCCCUGAUGCGGGACGUGGCUAUUCGAGCACUGAGCAAUCUCAUGAAGCGUGAUGCAGCAUCAGUGAUUCAAACGGCUUCGCCUACCCUCGAAGAGGAAAUCUGGCUUACAUUCGAUGAUACGCCCGAUAAUCCAAUCCUACGAAGCAUGAUCCAAGAUUGGUUGCAACAGACUGCUCUGGUAGAAACUGAACUCUGGGUCCAACGCUGCCACAACACGUUGACGAAGACUCGUCUCAAACUAGAGGAUAUACCAGCGACGUCUACUAUCAAGACCGCCGUUAACGAUAUGCCUGAUGAUGAGGUCGCAGGUUUUGCUUCUGCUAUCGCCGGGGCAGGACAGGCCGAUAAUGCAAAUGACGCCGUCGCUGGUCAGGAAUUGCUGAAGUGGCAGACUCGCAACUUCGUUAUGGGCUGCCUCAGUGAACUCUUGGACACGGUCAAUGCCGCAAUCCUUCCAGACCAGACAAUUCCCGCCGAGCUCGCGUUGCAGCAAAAGGUUGGAGACAUUGUUCGCAUGGCUUUCUCGGCAUCCACAGCGAACGUGAUAGAACUGCGCGUCUGGGGUCUGAAGAUCCUUGAUCAAGUUCUCAGAAUGUUUGGUAAAACUCCCGACCCAGAUUUUGCCGAAGCAUCGCUCCUCGAGCAAUACCAGGCUCAAAUCGGCUCAGCGCUCACGCCCGCUUUUGCCGUGGACUCUUCGCCGGAGCUUGCAUCGGAGGCAAUCAACGUUUCCGCAACUUUCAUUGCCACUGGGAUAGUAACCAACGUGGAUCGGAUGGGUCGAAUUCUCAAACUUUUGGUGCUUGGUCUUGAGAACUUCUCAAAAAAUCCGGAUACCACCGAGAUAGGAGACUUGAAGGGCCUGAACUCAAACGCAAGAGUUAUGGUUAAGAUGGCCCUGUUCUCCGCCUGGGCCCGGCUGCAAAUCGCCAGUAUUGACCAAGAAUAUCUCAAUGAAGUCGUCCAGCCGUACCUCUUGAAACUCACCCCAUUGUGGCUUUCUUCCCUCCAAGAAUACGCCCGGCUGCGUUUUGAACCAGACAUCUCUGGUAGUUUGGGUACUGGUCCCUUGAGCAACAAUCUGGAUGAGGUCUACGCUGCGUUGAAUCGGGAGACUCUUUUGAAGUUCUACCAAGAUACCUGGCUGAGCCUCGUUGACGCCAUUGCCGGUCUGGUAGAAAAAGACAUUGACUUUGUCUUUGAUGCGCUGGAUGGGAAAUCUCAGCCCGUUGAGCCCGAAGAAAAAGAAGAGGAUGGGCAGCCCACACCUAAAGAAGAGACCGGAGGAAAAGGUCAUGACAUCAAUUAUCGGGAUGAACCAGUCGCAUUCUUCUUCGUCCUUUUCGGUCUAGCCUUUGAAGCUCUUGUUGAUCAAUCUACAACACCACCUCAGAGGUUGGAGAUUCUUCAGGCUCUCAAGAGAAUACUGCGGCCAAUAAUUUCCGGAAACGCAAUUUACCAAGAUGCCAUAUUCACGGAGACCAUGGAUUCGCUCGACCGCCUCGUGCUGACUGAAGGAUUCCCCAUUCAAAAUGUGAUUGUUGAGAUCGCACGAAACCUAUCUCUCGACCAUCCCUCUGCGAAGGGCAGCGAAAAUCGAACCGAUCAUCUCUCUGAUGACAUCGAGCAGCUUUUUGAGCUGACAAGAAGUAUCAUUCUCGUUCUGGCCGGGCUCUUGCCUAACCUCCGCGAAACCUCGCCCCUUGCACGAUUCAACGUGGGAUCGGAUGACUCGUUGUCUCUCAUCCGCCUCUCCUUGUCAUCGCUGGUUAAUGUGGCAUCCAUAUUCCCCUCGAUCAUCCGCAAUGAUCUCAACGCAUGUAUCUUGCACAUCUUCAGCACGAUUCUUGCGACGGGGCUUUGUCAGGCUGAGGUCGUGCCUCAAGCCCUUCCGAUCUUCAAGCAUUUCAUUGCCGGCAUCAGCAGCAGCAAUAGAAACUCCGACAAUCUCAGCGUCAUAUCGCGUCAAAUGCGCGGGUGUCUCACACGAUUCCUUACAACCCUGACUAUCGCCCAGCGCCGCGAAUCCGAGUCCUCAAUGCCCUGCGCAAAGAAUACCCUCCUGGCGAUCACGAUCCUCCUAACGACCGGAAGCCACAUGAUCCCCCCUCAGGACCCGGUCAUUAUUCAAGUCCUUGACGAAUUCCUUGACUGCCUCCAAGAUGUCGGUCUCGCCAACGUCGCUGCCGGUUGCCUUCGUUCUAUCCUCCUCACUCCCACCCCGAGAUCACCAACUGACGACCUUGUCGCCCGAUAUCUCUUCCCUAAACUCAUCAGCUUCCUCGUCGGUUGCCCAACGUCGUCUGGCGAAAUCCCCAGUGACCCGGAGAACUCACGCGCCGUUAUCGCGCGCACCCUCGUCUCCUACGUCGGCACCGCAGCCGAUGUCCCAACUGCCCUGUCCCUCAUGAUGUCCACCUUUCUUGCUCGCGCAAGACGUGAAGGCCAACCCAUCUACAAAGAAUCAGCGGCGCUGCUCCUGGAACUCGCAAAGACAAACCAGCUUGUAUUCCGCGCGCUCGUGGGUACCAUGCAACCGGAGCAGAAGUCUCUCCUCGAGGAUAUCCUUCGCAGCGCAGAGGCUGAUACCGGUGCUAACAAGAGCGCAAGGGACGGGGCACAGGCCGGUGGACAGCAAGCCAUGCCAAGUAUUGCAUUGAGGUUUGACUUUUAACUAACCCAACCCAGCUUGCCCAACCUCUUCUGUUUGUUUCAUGCCCCCUGUUUGGUCCUUUUUCUUUUUCUUCCUUCUUCUCCUGUAUUUUCUUUCUUUCCUGUGCGGUUCACCCCUUUUGGCUUCAGCGCAGAGGGGGGAUAUCUUGACGACGAAGACGCUUUCAAAUGGUUGAGACUAUAAACGCCGUGGACGAUAUGAUGGCGAGUAUACCUGACGUUUUUUUGAUUUGACAUUGGCAACCUUGCCUUUGCAUAUAUGAUUACAUAUGAUAGAC